AUGCUCGCGCCUCUCGUCGUCGUGCGCGUCGCGCCGAGCGUCCUCUCGGUCGCCGCGCCGGGGGUGCUCCGAACGCUGCGAUUCUACGGGCACCUGUUUCCGGUGAUCGCGGGAUACCUCAAAUGCCUCCUGAUCGACUCCAAGCGCCUCGCCGCGACCGGCGCGUCCGAGGACGAGAUCCAAGACGCGUGGGACGCGAAGCACGCGUGGGGCGCAUCGCGCGUCGCGGACAUGAUCCACGACCUGGGCGGGUUUUACCUCAAAGUCGGCCAAGUGUUCGCGACAAAGAGCGACCUCUUGCCGCCGCAGUACGUGAGCGCGCUGAAGGGCGUCUUCGACGAGUGCCCGCCCGUGCCGUUCGCGGAGAUCGCGAAGAUCGUGGAGGAAGACUUGGGGUCGAGCGUGACCUCGACGUUCUUCACGUUCCAACAGAAACCGAUCGCGAGCGCGACCAUCGCGCAAGUGCACGCGGCGACUCUUAGGCGCAGAACGAAAGUCGCCGUCAAGGUUCAAAACCCGGGGUCGGAGGCUCUGAUGACGAUGGACAUGGCGAACAUGCUGUUCGUGUCGAAUGCGAUGGACCGAAUGAAGAUCCACCUCCCGUUCGACCACACGUCUAUUCUGCGAGAGUACAGAAACCAAGUCCCGUUGGAGUUUGAUUUCGAGAGGGAACGCGAUAUGCUGACGAGAAUCGGCGGCGCGGUGACGCGCGCGGUGCCGGACGUCCGGUGCCCCGCCGCGUUCGAGGCGAUGUCGAGCAAGCGCGUCCUGACGAUGAGCUUCGUCGAGGGCGAGUCCCUCGCGGACGUCAUUCAGCCCGCGGCGGCGGCGAUGAAGACCUCACCGUCGGGCGCCGCCGUCGACGCGUCGAGGGUGCUGACGAAGCUCGUGGAAACCUUCGGCGUGCAGAUCUUUGAGAUUGGGACGUUCCACUCGGACCCGCACCCCGGGAAUUUGCUGCUGUCGCCGGACGGGAAGACGCUGUCGCUCAUCGACUUUGGGCAGUGUAAGGCGCGUUCAUAUUAUUUACACUGGUCCCCAUACGACCGCCUCACGCUCGCGUUGGCGUGCGGCGCGCGAGACGACGCGCUCGCACACGCGGAAACCCUGGGCUUACGACUCACGAACGCGUCCCCGGACUUCGCGCUCACGGUGUUGUACAUCCUGUUCGACACGCGGAUGGACAUCGAGGAAGCGCACGUGUCGCCUUUGGACGCGGAUCUUCCGGCGGAGAUGCGCGCGGUGAACAUCCGGACGAUUCCGGAGGAGGUGUUCAUGAUGAUUCGCGUCGUCGCGCUGAUACGAGGGAUGCUCAUCUCCUGCGACGUGGACGUCCACGCGCGGGAUAUAUGGAAGCCGUACGCGAUCCAGGCGCUGCAACGCGCGGGGGAGACCGUCCCGGACGGUGUACGGCGACGGCGGCGCCGCGCGACGCGACGGCGACUACCGCAGCGACGGCAGCAUCAAAGCCGCGAGGAGGAGCGUCUCGAAGGACCUGCGAAUGAUGCACGAAAAGUAUCGGGACGUCGGCGUGGGGAUGCGAUACUUCGAGGCGGACAUGAAGGAGAACCUCGAGAAGGCGGCGGCGGCAAACGCGAACGACAGGUACACGCGGGAUAUCAACGAAAAAUGAGAGAGUGA